AUGAGCAGCUUCGGGGAGACUGAGUUUUCGCGCUCGCACGCUCCUCAAUCCCGAGGUUCCCGCUCAGUUCUGUUCUUGUAAUCGCGCCGAUCGGCCGAGAGGUGUCUGAAGAGUCUCCCGGUUGCACCGACUGACGUUCCGGUCGCCGCCGAUCCAUCCUCGCCUCUUUCUCUCUUUCCACGUUCUCCACGUGUCUCGUCCUUCCACCGGUGAUUCGCCAUGUCGAGCGAGUUCCUUGGGAAGCGUUACAAGCUCUUCAGCAGCGAGAAUUUCGACGAGUUCAUGAAGGAGCUCGGCGUGGGUAUGGUGACGCGGAAAAUGGGCAGCACCGUUAGCCCCGUCGUCGAGCUGACGGAGAAAGACGGACUGUACACCCUGAAAACGACCAGCCCCUUCAAGAACACCGAGAUCAAGUUCAAGCUCGGCGAGGAGUUCGACGAGGAGACCGCGGACGGCAGGAAGGUGAAGAGCGUCUGCACUAUGGACGGUAACAAACUCGUGCAGGUGCAAAAAGGCGAGAAGGACACCACAAUCGAGAGGGAAUUCAACGCCACGGAGAUGAAGGCGAUCAUGAAGGUCGAUGACAUAGUAUGCACGAGGGUAUACAAGCUUCAGGAAUAGGAGUCCACUACUAAAGCUGAGGGCGUGCACAAUCUCACACAGGUGCUUCUAAAAGUAUUCCAGGACCGUGUAAAUUAUCGUCUGAAAUCUCGCUUGAGCGUAAAUAUAAGAAGAUAUAUGCUAACACUUGGUGUUAGAUUUUAUAUAUAUGUAUAUUGACAUAUAUACAAAGCUAAAUAUCAGCCACGUUUGAAGUUUAAUUUACAAAAGCUACAAAACUUACGUUUUCUACGCAGUGGAAAUUCAUGUAUUUGACACGUAUGCGUUCGUAAAAUGGACGCAUCGUACGAGAACCGCAGCGUAAAUAAGCCAUCUGUUGUGCACAUUUUCUAUUCGUGUAUCGCGUAUUACGUAAUGAAAUAUGUGAUACCGUCAGCGAAUUAUGUUCCACAUACAGCAAUCGCUGUAUUACCUAUUCUAUGAAUAAUGUUUGCUUUUUUUUUCUACGAAUAAUAAUGACUACUGGAAAUAUA